CCUCGACUCUCUACUCACAACCCCUCUCCCCUCUCUUAAUACCACUACAUAUAUCGCUUCUAAUACCCUUCUUUAAACAAUGAAGAUCACUGCUUCUGCCAUCGGCCUUCUCGCCGCCAUUCCGUCCGUCUUCGGUCUGUGGCCCAUCCCUACCUCGCACACAGAGGGCAAGUCCAACAGCCAGGUCUGGUGGGUUGAUAUCCAGGUGCAGGGCCAGUCCAGCCCUGUUGUGCGCGAUGCGGUCGAGCGCUACAGCAAUAUCAUCAACAGCGAGUCGUUCCUGGCCCCUGUUGACUACAAGCGCGGCGUGCUGAAGACCCAGGGUGACUUCCAGGGCCUGGUUGUCUCGGUCGAGAGCACCGACGAGGCGCUCGGCCUCGAGACCGAUGAGUCCUACACUCUGGACGUGCCUGUCAGCGGCAAGGCCUCGCUCAAGGCCAAGUCGCCGUACGGUGUGGUGCGUGGUCUCGAGACGUUCUCGCAGCUCGUUUCCUCGAAUGGGAACAGCAAGGUUGUGGUCAACACGCCGAUCAGCAUCAAGGAUGCGCCGGCGUUCCCCCACCGUGGUGUCCUGUUCGAUACCUCGCGCAACUGGUACUCGGUUGACGCAGUCAAGCACACGCUUGAUGCCAUGUCAUACAACAAGCUGAACGUGCUGCACUGGCACAUUGUUGACUCGCAGUCGUGGGGCAUUGAGUCCAAGACCUACCCCGAGCUGCACCAGAAGGGUGCGUACUCCGACAAGCAGCUGUACUCGUACAAGGACAUCAAGGAUAUCGUCCAGUACGCCAAGAACCGUGGUAUCCGCGUUAUCCCUGAGUUCGAUGUUCCGGGCCACACCUACGCCGUCGGCCUGUCGCACCCGGAGAUCAUGUCGUGCCUGGACGUGCAGCCUGGCUGGGACAAGUAUGCUGCUGAGCCGCCCAGCGGUCAGCUCAACAUUGCCAAGGAUGGCUCGAUUGAGUUCGCCAAGAAUAUCUUCAAGGAGUACGCUGCUCUGUUCCCUGACAACGUCAUCCAUGUUGGUGGUGAUGAGGUCAACAUGCACUGCUGGGAGACUGACCCCGAUGUCCAGAAGUACCUGGCUGCCAACAAGAACGAGACCGUCGAGAGCCUGCUUCUCAGCUGGUACGGCAAGCUGCACAACUAUGUUGGCAAGGACCUGAAGAAGACUGCCUUCACCUGGGAGGAGACCCUGUUCCACCACCCGUUCGAUGCCCCAAGGACACCAUCGUCCAGACCUGGAUUGACUCUGCCUCGGUCCCCAACACCGUCAACCGUGGCUACCGCGCCGUCUCGUCCGACUACCAGUCGCUGUACCUUGACUGCGGCCACGGUGCCUGGCUGCCGAACUGGGACGGCAACUCGUGGUGCGACCCGUUCAAGACCUGGAUGCACGUCUACAACUACGAUGUUCUGGCCAACAUCACCGACCCGGCCAAGCAGAAGCUGGUGCUCGGCACUGAGGUCGCUAUCUGGUCCGAGCAGACCGAUGAGCACUCGUUCGACCCGCGUGCCUGGCCCCGUGCUGCCGCUAUGGCCGAGACCGGCUGGUCCGGAAAGAAGGACGCCAGCGGCCAUGUCCGCACCACUGGCGAGGUUGCCUCGCGCCUGCACGAGCAGCGCUACCGCAUGGUUGGCCGUGGUGUCAACGCCGAGCCCAUGCAGCCUCUGUGGUGCGCUCGCAACCCGGGCAGGUGCGACCUGCCUUGAAAAGAUGUAUUGUUUUUCAAUCCGUUCGCUCGAUAAUGCAAUUGCUCCUCAUCUAUGUACAUCAUUUAUACAGCAGAAUGCUGCGCUAUGCCCGGUUUUGGAUACGCUUCAAAUGUAUUUUUCUAGCCAUUUAGUGCACCAGCUGCCUGGGGGUCAUGGCAAAUGCUGCUACAUCGCCCACCCUGAGUGUUCCUCAUCGCUGACCUGCUGGUUAGCAUCCUGGAUGCUAUCAACCAGCUCGACACCGGCCAUUUCGAUCUCAUUAGCCUCAGCAACCAUCGCUGCUUCGUUUAUAUGACCUGCCUGGAACUUCUCGUCCAAAAAAUCAACAACCGAGUCUUUGCAUAAAAACGGAGUCAUCUCGCGCAUCUCCAGGUCAUUCCCGGAGGACACUGCUGGACACCCGAUGUUGGGAUUCUCAAUCGGCUCGUCUGCCGGCUCUACCGAGGUCUCCCACUGCUUGGCCAUGUGAGCAAGCCACACCAUUUGCUGGGCAGUCAUCUGGAACGACGAAUGCACCGAGUCAAUGAACGCAAUGCCAACGCAUUUCUGCACAAACCUGUCGAAAUCGUAUUUCAGCAG